AUGCUGGGCAUGGGGCGCGUUAACAGGGUCCAGAAACUGUCCGAAUUCGUGCUGCAGCAGCGCGGGGAAAAACGUCCACGCAUUUCUGGAUUAAGCCCGCGGAUUUUCCAAGAAGGACCUGCUGCAAAAGCUUUGGUUGAAAUAUCGGGCAAAACAGACACGGGCAAAAGUUUUCUACUGAUGGAGUUAAUGGCACGUUGUGCGCUGCCCAGCUCAUUUGAUGGCAAGGGCUGUGACGUCAUACUGCUAAAUCUGAGCCACAAGUUGUCUGGGCCGUUGUUUAAGAGACGUUUCCUGGACAUGAUGAAAGAAACGGCUACGGAUCAUCUUCAUUCAGCUGAUGAACUGAACAAAGCAGCUAAUGAAUGCCUAAAAGCUAUAAAAAUCCUCAAUUGCUAUUCUUCUGAGGAACUGGAGCUGGCUCUGGUAAUGUUGGAUCAUUUGCUUGCAGAGAACGAGGGUGUGGCUCUAAUAGCUGUCGAUACGCUUUGCGAGUUCUAUUGGCUGGAUGUGCGAGAGAAGCGUAUGCGCAAACACAGCUACUAUAUGCAGUGGCUUUCCCGUUUGAGUCAGAUCUGCAACAAGCAUAAUGUCUGCUGCAUGUACACCUUGGAUCAGAGUUUCGCGGAGCAGAAGGCGACUACAGGGACGCAGUUAGCCAUUCAAAUAAAAGUAGACCACAAAAUACAACUGAAACUGUUGCCCGAUAACCAACGCACCUUGAACGAUCAGCCAAUUGUUAUAGACGAUGAUGGCGUGAACUUUUUGGAUGUGAGUUAAGAAACUUCGAUGUAGGCAAUAAACGAUAUUAUUUAUUAAACACUAAUGGGUAAACCUAAAAGGACUAGAUGGCAUGUGGACUAGAGGGAUAGUGCGUACACGCAUUGUGGCGCCACUUUCAGCUUCGAUUCACUCGUAAAUCUAACGGCGAGUCCACCAUGGCGAAGUCGUCACCAUGCAGAUACCCGUGCGG